ACCAUUAUCCGAGGCCCGACACUGGGAGCUUCUGCUCCUGUGACCGUGAAAAGGGAGAGCAAAAUUUCUCUGCAGCCUAUAGCGACUGUUCCCAAUGGAGGCGCAACACCCAAGAUCAGCAAAACUGUGCUUUUAUCUACUAAAAGCAUGAAGAAGAGUCAUGAACAUGGAUCCAAGAAAUCUCACUCUAAAACCAAGCCAGGUAUUCUAAAAAAAGACAAAGCAGUCAAGGAGAAGAUUCCUAGUCAUCAUUUUAUGCCAGGAAGUCCUACCAAGACUGUGUACAAAAAACCCCAGGAAAAAAAAGGGUGUAAAUGUGGGCGUGCUACUCAAAAUCCAAGUGUUCUUACAUGCCGAGGCCAACGCUGCCCUUGCUACUCUAACCGCAAAGCCUGCUUAGAUUGCAUAUGUCGUGGCUGCCAAAACUCCUAUAUGGCCAACGGGGAGAAGAAGCUGGAGGCGUUUGCUGUGCCAGAAAAGGCCUUGGAGCAGACCAGGCUCACUUUGGGCAUUAACGUGACUAGCAUCGCUGUGCGUAACGCUAGUACCAGCACCAGUGUAAUUAACGUCACAGGGUCCCCAGUAACGACGUUUUUAGCUGCCAGUACACGUGACGAUAAAAGUUUGGAUGAAGCUAUAGACAUGAGAUUCGACUGUUAAGUCAGUGGGUCUUUGAGCCUACCCUGGUAGGAAAUAGCUACAGUUUUGCGGCAGCUAUGGUUCUGUUGGUGUGACUUGCCGGAGCUCCCUGCAAAUAGAUCACUUGUAUCAAGUGUUU